AUGAGGGCCCUGCAGCAGCAGCUAGACCAGCAGCAGCGCAUGCAGCAGCAGAAGACGCAGCAGCAGCAGCAGCAGCACCAGCAGGUGCAGCAGCAGCAGACACAGCAGCAACGAAUGCAGCAGCAACAGAUGCAGCAGCAGCAGCUGCUGCUCCUGCUGCUGCCGAAAAGGGAUGUGGCUGCUGCAAGAAGAAAGCAGCAGCAGCAGCAGCAGCAGCAGCGGCAGAAGCAGAAGCAGCAGCAGCAGCUGAAGCAGCAGCAAGACGCAGCAGCAGCAGCAGCAGCACCAGCAGGUGCAGCAGCAGCAGACACAGCAGCAACGAAUGCAGAAGCAACAGAUGCAGCAGCAGCAGCUGCUGCUCCUCCUGCUGCAGAGAAGGGAUGUGGCUGCUGCAAGAAGAAAGCAGCAGCAGCAGCAGCAGCAGCAGCGGCAGAAGCAGAAGCAGCAGCAGCAGCUGAAGCAGCAGCAGCAGCAGCAGCAGCAGCAGACACUGCAGCAGCAGCAGAUAGCGCAGCAGCAGGAGAACGCUCCGGUGGAUGCUGUAAGAAGAAAGCAGCAGCAGCAGCAGCAGCAGCAGCAGCAGCAGCAGCACCAGCAGCAGCAGCAGCACCAGCAGCAGCAGGGGGUGGCGGCGGCUGCUGCAAGAGCAAAGCAGCAGCAGCAGCAGCAGCAGCAGCAGCAGCAGAAGCAGCAGCAGGAGCUCAUCAACCUGCUGAAGGAAACAAAAGCAGCUGCUGCGGUGUAAUGCCGAUGGCGUUUCAGGCUUCUACGCACACUGUUAUUCUUUUUAGGUCUUGGGAGACAAUCAACGAGGUGUUUUUUUGGCUUUCUUGCGCUGCGUGGUUUUUGUUGGGUUGUUUCUCUGUUUAUUUAAAGCUGCUGCGGCAGCAGGUAGACAGCUGGGUAGCAGCAGCAGCAGCAGCAGCAGCAGCAGCAGCAGCAGCAGCAGCAGGAGAAAAAGGGAGGGGUUGCGUGCCGCUGCGUUUCCGGCUGCUGCGCUCGGGGCAUAAGCUCAGCAGCAGCAGCAGCAGCAGCAGCAGCACCAGCAGCAGCAGCAGCAGCAAGCUGCGGCAGCAGGUAGACAGCUGGGUAGCAGCAGCAGCAGCAGCAGCAGCAGCAGCAGCAGCAGCAGGAGCAGGAGGAGAGAAGAACAAGGGUUGCGUGCCGCUGCGUUUCCGGCUGCUUCGCUCGGUAUCUGCUGCUGCUGUAGUACACAGAGCAGCAGAAGCAACAGCAGCAACUGCUGCUGCUGCUGCUGCUGCAGCUGCUACUGCUGCAGCACACACAGCAGCAGCAGCAGCAGAAGCAGCAGCAGCAGCAGCAGCAGCAGCAGCAGGAGAAAGAUGA